AUGGCGGAUGGCGGUGUGGUGAUGUGGCGGGUAGAUGGCAGUGGUGGUGGUGGUGGUGGUGGGUGGGUGAGUGACGGCGGCGGUGGUAGAGUGGUAGCGAGUAGGUGGUGGUGUAGUGGUGGUGGGUGGUGGUGGUGGUGUGAGAUGGUGGAGCAAGGUGGCGGUGAGUGGUGGUGGCAAGGUAGAUGGCAAGCUGGUGGUGGCGGCGGUGAUGGUAAUGGCGGGUGGUGCGGUGUGGUGGUCAGUGGCAAGUGGCGGUGCGGUGGUGGUGGUGUGGCAGGUGGUGCGGAUGGCGGGUGUGGCGGGUGGCUGGUAAUGGAUGGAUGGAUGACAGUGGCGGGUGGUGGGUGUGGCGAGUUGUGGUGGUGUGGUGGCGGUGGCGGUGGCGGUGGCUAUAGCGGGUGGUGGUGUGGCAGGUGGUGUGACCGGAUGGCGGGUGUGGCGGGUGGGUUGGUGGUGGUGAUGGUGGUUGGUAGGUGA